AUGACAUUACAUCCAUUAGUUAUUUUAAGUGGUAAUGCACAUCCUCAAUUAGCAAAAGAGAUAUCACAACAAUUGAAUACAAAGUUGGGAUCGGUCGAGACACAUGUAGUGAUCAAUGAAUCGGUCAGAGACGUUGAUUUGUACAUUAUACAACCUACAUGCAACCCAUGUGUCAAUGAUUACUUGAUGGAGCUCUUGGUCAUGGUUGACGGUGCCAAACGUGCAUCUGCUCAUCGUAUCACAGCUGUCAUUAGUUUCUUUGGUUAUGCAAGACAAUCGAAAAAGGAUAAAUCACGUUCCCCAAUCACUUGUAAAUUGGUUGCUAAUAUGAUUGAAAUGUCUGGUAUUACUCGUGUCAUUACUUUAGAUCUUCAUUCAUCACAAAUUCAAGGAUUCUUUAAUAUACCAGUAGAGAAUGUAUGUUCAGAUCAACUGUUUGUAAAAUAUAUUAGAAAGAGAAUUAAACCACUUGACCAAGGUGAUAUGGUCAUUGUCAGUCCAGGUGUUGGAGGUGUUAAACGUGGCAAGAUCAUUGCCGAUAAAAUAGAAACUGAUUUGGCAAUCAUCCACAAAGCAAGCAUUGCAUCAUCUGAUUCGGAAACCAUUCUUGUCGGUGAUGUUCAAGGCAAGAUUGCCAUCAUCAUCGAUGAUAUUGCCGAUACCUGUUCCACUCUAAACUCGGCAGCAGUCACUCUAAUGAGAAGAGGUGCCAAAAAGAUCUAUGCACUCGUCACCCAUGGUGUAUUCUCCAACAAUGCCAUUGACAUUAUCAAUGAAUGUGCCAUCAGUGAAUUAAUCAUCACAGAUUCCAUUCCAAAUACUCAUAAUCAGGAAAAAUGUCCAAAAUUAAAAAUUAUUUCUAUCGCAUCAAUGAUGGCCGAGACAAUUAGAAGAACUCAUCAUGGUGAAUCUUUACAAAAUGAAAGAAUGAUGAUGACUUCAUCAUGUGGUUAA